UGUGCUUUGUUUUCUAUCCUUUCAAUCGUACUUCGUAAGGUAUUUUCCAAAUAUUCCAAAUAAUAAUUGGAGAUAUUACAAUGGAGCCAGUUGAAUGGUUUAAAUUGGUGGAUAAUUCCUUCGUGGCACUUCCAGCGCAGCUGAAAGCAAUAGAGGAGGCUCUUAAUGUAUCAAACUCAUUGAAUGUAAAAGCUAAGCUAGAAAUAAAUAUAUCUCAGAUAAGCUAUGCAAUCAAAAUGGAAAUAAGAAGCGGCACGGCGCUAAAUCUUAAUGAUUACUUCGAACAUAUGAUCAAACUAAAUACUGAGCACGAAUCAUCUUUAAAGCUAAUUAUACAGGUUAUUUACCCCAUUCUAGGAGAAUGUUCGCGGAACGAGUGUGUGAAGGGAUCGAAUUUGAUUUUCACUGCUGGAUGGGCAGAGCUAUUAAUCGAUGCACUAUUUUCCAAUACUUGGGAUAAAACAACAAUUUCCGAUGUGCUGUUAUGUCUAAAAUUGUACUCAAAAACAUUUUGUGAAAUCGACAUUGUGCGACGGCUUUGGCAUACACUCCUCUCGAAUUUUCCAAAAAGCGAUAUCAUUACAAUUACUGCAAUAUAUGUCCUUAUUCAGUUUUUUGAUGAAUUCUUGGAAGUAAUAGAUGCUCUGGAGGUCAAUCGAAAUGUGGAAAAAUUCGUUUAUAAGCUAUUACUAUCAGAUGGUCGUGAGGACUGGAAAGCUGCUGUAUAUUUGAUGAAAAAACUGAACUCGAAUGCUGAUUUUAAAGUAAAGAGUUUUUGGAUAUCGUACAUUACUGUCUUAGAAAACUUAAAAGAAAAUCAAUCGCAUCUUAUACUACCAUCUUUAGAAUGUCUCAAACAAAACCAUUUAAAAACCAUCAAAUUAAAAUUGUGGCUAGAUAUUCUAUACAUAAAAAUUCUGUCACACCAAAAUAUUCUCGUCAUUCGUUGGGCACUUGUGUACAUUCUUGAAAAUUUAACCUGCGCAGACUUAAGUCCAAGUGUAUUGCUACAAUUUAUAAAAGCCAGCAACCAUACAAGUUUAUACAAUUGUGAGAGCUACUUUUUACCAACGGAAAAUAUCCAGAAGUUUUUGAAUGCGGGGCUUCAUCGGUUUGUGGAGACUUUGUCAGAAGUUCACUUGAAAUGCGUUCCUUUGCAUUUUUGGCUCACCAAUAUCCGUAUCUGUAAAUCAAUUUUACCAAUAUAUUCGUACGAGUUGAUUUUAAAAAUUGCAGCAAGAAUUCGGCCACUUCAAAACCAAUUUAUCCGGUUAAAGUCAAUUGAAUUGUUCGAAGACAUAUUCUUUGAAGCCAUUUGUAGAAUGCAAAUGUCUGAAUUUGUCGUUAUGGUAGAAUCGUUGUAUAAUGUUACAGAUCCUUUCAAUCAUUUUGAAAUUUUUUAUCUGAAAUUGGUAAAAUGUUUUGAGAAUGGUGAUAGGCUGUCGUUGACGCAACGGUUUUAUGAGAUUGUUACAAAUAAUUUGCGAGGUGAACUCACAUUUAUUCAUCCAAAUUUGGAAUGUACUAUGCAUGCGCCUAAUGAUAUUAAAGAACAAUCGAGUUUACCCCAGUCAAAUCUAUUAGACAGCAUAGCUGAUAGGUUGAAAAUUGUAAAAAAAUCGGACAUUGAGGAUCUUAUUUGGAUUGCACUGAUGCUCGUAUUUGAGUCAGAAAACUCGGAAAUUGUGCGGAACAUUUGCCAAAUAUUUUGGGAUCUGAAUUUGGAUGACUUGAUUGGUAUUCCUUUUGAAGCAUUAAUGCGUGAAAUAACUUCAAAGAUAAAGUGUGGAGUGGAUAAGACAGCAUUUGUGCGAAAGAAGUUGACUGAUUUAUUUGUUAAAGAGUAUUUAACAAAAUUUUCGGAUUUAUACAAUUUCACUGUAAAAGCAGAAGAUAUUUUAAACACGGGUUCACAUAAAACACUGCUAAAACUCUCUCAAUUGUUAGCUAAUAAUGCCGAGGAAGUCGACAUGAGUACUUUCAAUGCAUUUUUAGUAGUACUUAAAAGAUGUUAUCGGCUGCCAUCGCUUUGUUACAUUGUAACGACAAAUUUAUUGAAAUAUUUAAAAAGCCUAUACUCGUCAAAUCAGUUGGAAGACUAUGCAAAUCAAAUUUUAUGUAUAGACUUUGAAAAUGUUGGUAUCUGUGCAGCGGUUUUGAGCUCCGGAGUAGUUCUAAAUAAAGAAACUUAUAUCAAGGGUAUAAUGACUGGAGGCGCAAACUUUGGUGAUGCAAGGACGGAAGAACUGUAUUUAUUCAAAAUAGAUACAACGCAUUGCCUUCGUUUACAACAAAUACGUUUGCGAUAUGCCUUAUCUGUACCAUUUGGCUAUACGAACACAAUAUUAAAUGAGCUUCUCGACAUAUAUAAGACGUUGAGCAUAAAAAAGCCAAGGUAUUUUGAAAACUCCAUGGAGCACAGAUUGAAAAUGAGAAUAGCAAAGGCAAUAUUCUUAAAAAUACAAUCGAAUACAGAGUUUUGGAAUGAAGAUCUACUACUCCUCGUACUGAAGUACAAUAAUCAACCGAAUGCCAAUUAUAUGCUCGAACUUCUUGUUGCGAAAUGUGCGCGUGAUGAUAAAUUUAUUCUAGAUAAAUUGAAUGAAGUGACCGGAUACACCCCAAGCCAACAGGUGUCUCUUAUUAGUAUAGUGCACUGUUACUCUGUACUGAAUAAGCACACAAUUUCUAAGGAAUUUCGUGACGUUAUGGUAAAUAAACUUCUACCCCUUACCAUGGGUGCACAUUUCCAGACGCGUCUAUAUGCCCAGCUAGUUAUUUACGACAAUUUAGACAAAUCAAAUGCCUCAAUAAAUGAUGAACCUUUAUUACCAAAUCACAUCAAUAUAAAAGAAGGAAUAGCAUCAGCCAUUGGACCACGGCUAAACGAAUUACUGAACGAUGUACGGUUUUUGCUGCCUUAUAUUUAUUUAAGUAAUCCUACCGAUUUUUAUGACAUUUUGAUGUUUAUUACUAUGGCUCCAGCUGAAGAGUAUUUGUCGAGUAUGGAUUAUAGCAGAUACGAAGCAUCGAGAUGCAUAUUUUCCAAAAAAAGAAGCAGUUUUGCCAAAGAGAUACCAACAUCUAGUAGUACUUUGACUAAUAUGCAGCGCAAAAUGAACCCCGAAAAUGACCUCUGUGCUGUGAGCAGUCUUAUGAGGUCAGAAACAGCUGCAGAAAGUGAGAUGUUUGUAGUGGCAAGCCUAAUAGACAAAAUUCCAAACCUGGGAGGGAUCGCACGAACAUGCGAAGUGCUUGGUAUACAAAAUUUGGUUUUAAGCUCAAUACUUCUUGUUGAAAAAGAAGAUUUUAGAAGUGUGAGCAUGACUGCUGAAAAAAAUCUUAAUAUCACCGAAGUUCGACCAUCGCGUUUGCAAGAAUUCUUCAAAGAAAAACAAGCGGAGGGUUUCAAAAUUGUAGGUGCCGAGCAAACUGUUGACAGCGUAAAUAUAAUUGGCUUCGAAUUUCCCCGAAAGUGCAUUUUAGUGUUAGGACAUGAAAAAGAAGGCAUUCCAAGUAAUAUUUUGGGAUUCUUAGAUUACGCAAUCGAAAUACCACAGUUUGGGGUAUUACGAUCUUUAAAUGUGCACGUUACCGGAGCUUUAUUUAUGUGGGAAUAUUGCAAGCAGCACAUUGUUGAAAACUCUUUGACAACUACACAAUAAAAAGUUGUUCGUCCAAAUAGUUGUUGGAUUUACUUUCGAGCACGGAGUAUGUAAUCACAUAAAACAAAUUUCAUAACAGCAGCAAAUCCAGAAUUUUCGCUUUAAGACAAUCGUUUUGAGUUCUGAGGUUAAUUACACUGUGCCAGUUGCAAAAUGAAUCAAGUUAGCUCGAUGAUGUCUUUGAAAGUAAUUCGUGUAACUUAAAAUUGUGCCGAGUAAAAGUUAAAUACUUCUCCUAUAAACUAUAAUUUAUUUCUCACUGCAAAAUCUAUUCCUAAGUUGUUAUUUUAUAAUAAAAUGGAAAUAAAGAGAAA